GCGGCAGGUAGGGAGCCGGCAGCGCCGGGGCCGCGCCUCUCGGCGCCCCGCUCGCCCUGCCCCCGCGGGCCGGGCAGCCGGGGGCGGGCGGCAGGGGUGUGCGGAGAGGGGGAUUAGCGGGACGCCGCGGCCCCGCCUUCCCUCCUCGCAUCCCGGCCGCGAUGAGAGGGGGAGAUGGACCCGAGCCGGCGGGACUGGCACCAUGACAUUCGCCGGCUUCGUGGUGGCGCUGGUGAUAGGGGCGAUCCCCGGAGCCCGCGGGCCGGGGCAGGUCUCCGCCAGCCUCCCGGCCGCCCGCCCCCCACAGCCCCCGGCCGGCUGUCCCGCCGGGGGCUUCCCCGCGGCCCAGCGCCCCUGGGCGCCGGCGGCGCCCGCUCUGCCGCGGCGGGGGGCGGCGGGCCGGGCACCGCGGGGCCGCCGCAGCUCCUGCGCCCUGCCCGGCGGCGGCGAGGGGCGGCCCGGCUGCGCCCCUGGGAGCGGCCGGGGCUCGGAGGAGCGCGGCCGCGCUGACUGCGAGCGAGGGUCAGUGAGACUCCGGGGAGGCAAGAAUGAGUUUGAAGGUGCAGUGGAGGUUUAUUUGAAUGGAAUCUGGGGAACAAUCUGUGGGAGCCAGUGGGACGAUAAUGACGCCACAGUUGUAUGUCGACAGCUUGCACUUGGGGAAAAAGGUACAGCAAAACACAUACCCUUUGCUGGACUAGGCCUUAUUCCUGUUUUCUGGAGUGAAGUGCGUUGUCGUGGUGAUGAAGAAAAUAUACUGUUAUGUGAAAAAGACACCUGGCAAGAUGGGACAUGUCCUCAAAAAAUGGCAGCUGCUGUCACAUGUAGCUCCUCCCUGGGCGCUGUCUUCACUCCGAUCCGGCUGGCUGGUGGGAGCAAUGCCCAUGAAGGAAGAGUGGAAGUCUACCAUGGUGGCCAGUGGGGCACAGUCUGUGAUGACCAGUGGGAUGAUGCAGAUGCUGAAGUUGUCUGUCGGCAGCUUGGCCUUGGGGGUGUUGCCAAGGCGUGGAGCCAGGCUUACUUUGGAGAAGGCUCUGGCCCCGUGCUGCUGGAUGAAGUGCGGUGCACAGGAAAUGAACUCUCGAUAGAACAGUGCCCGAAAAGCUCCUGGCGAGAACACAACUGUGGCCACAAAGAAGAUGCCGGCGUUUCCUGCACACCUCUCACAGAUGGCGCACUGCGGCUCACAGGUGGCAAGGGCAGCCACGAGGGCCGCCUGGAGGUCUAUCACAUGGGGCAGUGGGGCACGGUCUGUGACGAUGGCUGGACGGAGCUGAACACGCAGGUGGUUUGCUGGCAGCUGGGAUUUAAGUAUGGGAAAAGCGCAGCUGUGGAAAAAGAGAGCUACUCAGAAGGGAGCUCUGGGCCCAUCUGGUUGGAUGAUGUGAUCUGCUCCGGGAAGGAGACAAACCUUCUGCAGUGCUCGCGCAGGGAGUGGGGGAAGCACGACUGCAACCAUCAGGAGGAUGUCAGACUCAUCUGCCACCCGGAGAACGACAGCCACAAGCGCUCACUUGGUCCUCCCAUCAGGCUGAUGGAUGGAGAGAAUAAGAAGGAAGGACGUGUGGAGAUUUUUAUCAAUGGCCAGUGGGGCACAAUUUGUGAUGAUGGAUGGUCUGAUAAGGAUGCAGCUGUAGUCUGCCGACAGCUCGGCUACAAAGGUUCAGCUAGAGCAAGGACAAUGGCCUAUUUCGGUGAGGGCAAAGGCCCCAUCCACGUGGAUAAUGUGAAGUGUACAGGAAAUGAGAGAUCCUUGGCAGACUGCAUUAAGCAGGACAUUGGGACGCACAACUGCCGGCACAGUGAGGACGCGGGGGUCAUCUGCGACCACCUCAGCAAGAAAGUCCCUGGCAACAGCAAUAAAGAUUCUCUUGCUUCUGUUUGUGGGCUGAGGUUACUCCAUCGUCGACAAAAGCGAAUAAUUGGUGGGAAAAAUUCUUUACGGGGCGGCUGGCCGUGGCAGGUGGCACUGCGGCUGAAAUCCUCUCACGGCGAUGGGAGGCUCCUGUGUGGUGCUACUCUCAUCAGCAGCUGCUGGGUCCUCACUGCUGCACACUGCUUUAAAAGGUACGGCAACAACACUCGCAACUACGUGGUGCGGGUUGGGGACUACCACACGCUGGUGCUGGAGGAGUACGAGGAGGAGAUCGGAGUCCAGGAGAUCGUGGUGCACAAGGAGUACAGGCCUGACAGCAGCGACUACGACAUUGCCUUGCUGAGGCUGCAGGGGCCUGAGGAGCAGUGCGCGAGGUUCAGCACCCACGUCCUCCCUGCCUGCUUGCCACUGCGGAGAGAGCGACCGCACAAAACUGCUCCCAACUGCUUCAUCACUGGAUGGGGUGACACAGGACGGGCUUAUUCGAGAACAUUACAACAAGCUGCCAUCCCCUUACUUCCCAAGAGGGUGUGUGAAGAGCGCUACAAGAGGAGAUUCACAGGGAGGAUGCUCUGUGCUGGAAACCUGCAGGAACAGAAACGUGUUGACAGCUGUCAAGGAGACAGCGGCGGACCACUGAUGUGUGAGCGCCCGGGGGAAAGCUGGGUCGUGUACGGUGUGACCUCCUGGGGCUACGGCUGUGGGGUCAAAGAUUCCCCAGGUGUCUACACAAAAGUAUCAUCCUUCGUACCCUGGAUUAAAAGUGUGACCAAACUAUGAACGUCCAUAAUGAAAACCAAACUUUGAGCAGCACAACUUGAACAGCACACGCAGUUGUGCACAGCUGGGGCCCACAGUGGGUGGAAACAGACAUUUUCCUGAUUCCUGUGUUUUUGUUUUUAUUAAAUCCAAGCUGUAUACACACAACCCUUCCAGUUAGGGAUUACUGUCCUUCCUGUUCCAGAAGUUCAAAUGCUUAAUGAACAAGUUACCAUGUGUCUAAGGGGAAAGGUGAUAGCCAGCUAGAGCAGUACUGGAGCAGGACAGCUGGGGACUUUGCUGAGACUCACUGCCCACAUGACUGUAGCUCCAACCUAUUUAUGCUCCAAGCUUCUCUACAAUUAAUAACAGAUCUCAAUCUCCAGCCCAGUUUAUUUAGUCUAUUAUUCCUAUGAUUUUACACUCAGUCCCCUAAAUCUGACUCAUUCCAGUAGCUUAUGAGACCAUUAGUAGCCUGAUUCUUGCUAAGUAAUUCUGAGUACCAAAUGCGGGAAAGGAAACAAUGGUCAAUAAUCACAUCCCCAGCUAGUCUGUAAAUGUCCUCGCAGGUUAGUGUCCCUAAAGCACAUUCCCAAACAAAACAGGCACUACACUGACAGCUUCCCCAUGAACAUCCUGUACAGCUGCAAGAGCAACCACUUGUCCACUUUACCUAAGAAGCAUUUGUCACAUUUCUGAAACUUGCAAUUUUGAGUAUAUAAAGCAUUGUGGGGAGGAUUCACUUUUUCUGUUUACCACUAGCUGUCAGUACAGUGUCAGACUAACAAACAUCCCUAUCCUUGCACUGCUGGCCUUUCCUCAAGUACUGCAAAGAACCUCAGUCAAUCCUACCAGGCAAAGUUACACAUACAAUGGAGUUGUUGAGCAAAAACUUGUCUGAAAAGGUCUAUGAAGUCUUAAACCAUGCUAUCUAUAAAGUAAUAGACAACUCUCUCCUGCUUAGUUGUCACUGGUUCAGACUGAUCUCAAAGGAAAGACUCCUAAAGCACUGACGCAUCUUGAUUUUGUUCAAUUCCUUUUCCAAAUACUGUUCCCUGUACUAUGAAAUCCCUAACAACUUAUUAUAAAAAUGCACUGAUAACCAACUUACUGUCCAGUGAACCUAGAACACAGGAGGUAAUCACCACCUUAGCAUAACAGUGAAAGGCACCAAUCUGGGAACCACCUGGGAAGUGACUCAAUAAGGAGGGAGCCACGGCAGCUCAGCACCACAAUCCCUGGCCAAGGCCACGCUCCAGGCACCACAACCAUCAUCAAUCAACAGCUGUGCUCAUACAAACACAACCAAAAGCUGUGGGCCAUGAAACGCUCCGGUGUGACAAGUGUGGCAGAUGAGUGUCAACACAUCGUGAUUGUGCAAACUGUGACUACCAGUGACUGCUUACCCAUUUCCUAUUCCCCAAACUGGCUGUGACUGUGCUGUGUGGUGUUUUGUGAACAAGUGGGGUGCUUGCAUUCAUGCUCUAAGUGGGCAAUCAUUCGUUUUUGUGUGGCUGUGUGUCUCUCCGCUCUUGUAACAAAUAUCCAAGACCACUCACUUGCACACCAAGUGGCAACAAUAUUGCAGAAGCCGAUGUGACUGAACAUUUGGCCCUUAAUAUCUCCGACCCAAAUUUAGGUUUGCAAAGAUCAGGACUAAUUACUGUAACUGGUGCUAAACUAGUACAUGAGGUGCUUUAAUACAUAUUUCAGUUCUCUGUAAUUCCACACUAUUUGAAAUAGUGUGAAAUACUUUUAAAACUCCAUAAAUCACUGUACUGUGACCACCUCCUGUUAGACCAAUGUGAAACACUGUGCUAGUGAACUUUGAAACCAUUAUGUUUUUACUUCUAUAUAGCCCUUAAUUAGCAGGGAAGUCAGUCUGUCAAAAUAUAUCUGCAUUUAACACCUGAGCUUUGUUGUACAAGACCCAUUGAGACUCGUGGUGAAGCAGGCUACCUAGUGCAAUAUACACCUUGUAUCCAGGGGAAAUACUCAUCUUUAAUAGCUGCACCACAGGAACGGAAUACUUGGAGCGGGAACUACGCCGGCAUACUAAGUGUAGUAAAUGUUUAGAUCCAGUACAGUACUUCGUUAUUUUUGCUUUUAAUAGAGUGCUUUGUUAGAUUUUAAAAUGUUGCACACUACUGUUUCCAUGCUGAGCAUGCCUUUUCAGUUUCUAACAAGAAAUGAAACUGUCUCCAUCUUACGCCGUUCUCAUUUUUGCUCAGUGAGCCUGAUGGUGUACAAGUAUUCAAUAAAAACUGCCACACUGAC